UUGCAGCAGCAAUAGCUGAGAGCCGGCCGGCAAGAUGAACAGCUGAGAUCAAGAGAGAGUGCGAGAGUGAUUGUGAGAGAGAUAAAAAAAGAGUUAUUGAUAUCAAUGUAAUGCAAGACACGAAGUAAAAGGGACCCCAAAAAGAGCCAACGCCAACGCCAACGCCGAUCUCUGUCUCUCUGGCUGUGCAGUCGCUCUCCUUCGUCUUCUCGUCAGCGUCUCCGUCUCUGUCUCUGUCUCCGUCUCUGUCGCCAUUGUCGUCUCCCUGUGUGGUGGUGGUGGGCGUAUUAGUGUGUGCGCUCACAUAGCAUUUGCACGCUUACUGUGCUCCGCUGUGCGACGCCAACUAACAGUUGUGCCCCAGCACUCGACACCAGUAGACGUGUUGUGCCGCAAGAGAGUUCUCCUCCUCACACGUAUUGGCCCCAUAGAGAUCAACUUUACACACACACACACACAAACAGUAAUAACCACCGACCAAAACAACAACAAAUAUGUAUCCAGCUGCAGUCCAAUUGUUGCGCCUGCGCAGUUCUUCAGCCAUUGGCGGCAUUGCGGCAAGUCGAUCAAUUACCACGAAUCGCCGCCAAAGGAACACCAAUACGGCCAGUGUGGAACGGGCUCAGAGCAUCAGUGAUACGGAUAAAUUUCUACAUUAUAAUUCCGAAGAUGGUUACUACAAGACAUCACCGUACGAUCCGAUAGUUGCACAGAAUUUACCCUUGCACGAAUAUGUUUGGAGAGAUUUCAAGAAAUGGGAAAAUAACACAGCAGCGGUCUGUGUUAUCACCGAUCGCCAAUAUACAUUUGCCCAAUUGCGCGAUGCCAGCGCCGCUCUUGCCGUGCGCCUGCAGACCAAAUUCAAACUAUUCAAGCCCGAUGUCUUGGCCGUUUGUUUGCCCAACUUGCCAGAGUAUCCAAUUGCUGCUCUGGGUGCCAUUGAAGCAGGCCUCACUGUGACAACAGUUAAUCCCAUUUAUACGCCAGAUGAGAUUGCACGUCAGCUGACCUUCAGUGGUGCCAAAUUUUUAAUUGGAACAGCUCAGGGUUACGGCACAUUGCGAGAGGCCUGCCAGCUGGCUGGCAAGCAAUUACCAAUUGCCGUAAUCCGGACAACAGCUGGUGAACCAUUGCCGGAGGGAGCCAUUGACUUUUAUCAGUUGAUUAGCACCGAGAAUAUCCGCUACGACGAUCUAACCAUUCCCAAGGAUGCCAGUCCCGAUGAUAUGGUGUUUCUGCCAUUCUCCUCGGGCACCACUGGACUGCCCAAGGGUGUCGUCUUGUCCCACAAUAACAUAACCAGCAACUGUGAGCAAGUGCAAACGGCAUUGCCGGCAGAUGAGCCCGGUGUACAGGACACUUUGCCGGGUGUUUUACCCUUCUUUCAUAUCUACGGCUUAACUGUGGUCAUGUUGUCCAAACUGGGACAGGGAGCACGUUUGGCCACCAUGCCCGCAUUUAAGCCAGAUGAUUUUAUGAAAUCAUUGGACACCUACAGGGGAAGCAUUUUGAAUCUGGUGCCACCAAUAGCUCUCUUUAUGAUCAAUCAUCCGAAAUUGACUCAGGAGACGGCCCCGGCCUUGAAGGUGGUGAUGAGUGGUGCUGCACCCAUUGGCCAACAUGAUGUGGAACGUUUUCUCCAAAAGUUCCCAAAUGUCAGUUUUAAGCAAGGUUACGGCAUGACCGAAGCCUCGCCAGUUAUACUAUUGACGCCGCAUGGCAAUACCCGUUAUGCCUCUACUGGUGUCCUUCCCGGGAGCACUGAGUCCAAAAUCGUGCCACUCGAUGGCAACGAUGCCAAGGGUCUGGGCCCACGCACCACCGGCGAAUUGUGUGUCCGUGGUCCGCAAGUAAUGUCUGGGUAUUUGAACAACGAAGAAGCAAACCAGGUGACUUUCUAUCCGGGCAAUUGGUUGCGUACUGGCGAUGUGGCCUUCUAUGACGAGGACGGUUAUUUCUAUAUAACCGAUCGCAUGAAGGAACUUAUCAAAGUCAAGGGUUUCCAGGUGCCCCCAGCCGAACUGGAGGCAGUUCUGCGCGAUCAUCCAAAAAUCCUGGAAGCCGCUGUAUUCGGCAUACCCCAUGAGCUAAAUGGCGAGGCUCCACGUGCCAUUGUGGCUUUGAGGAAAAAUGAGACGGCCACCGCCGAGGAGAUAGCCAGCUAUGUGGCCCAGCGUGUGGCGCACUAUAAGAAACUAGAGGGUGGCGUCAUCUUUGUCGAUGAAGUGCCCAAGAAUCCCACUGGCAAGAUAUUGCGCAAGGAUCUCAAGGCAAAGUAUUCGGAUUAAAUAGACUUUAGGAGUUUGCAUAACUAUUUUUUUGUUUUUUUUUUUUUGUUUGUUUUCGUUUGCUCAGUAUCUGUCUCUCCACAUUUUGUUGUUUGUGAGCGUGUGUUUGUGGAGAGGAUAUUAUGCCCCAAUAACUGAGGGCAAUGUAAACAAAAUUGCAUUUACGAAAAUCUGUAGAAUAUACUUAUAAACAUACAUAUAGAUUGUAGAACGUAGGCAUCUAGUAGUCACUCGAUUGGUCCAUAGUUCUUAAGAUGUAGAAUAUUCAGAACUCGUAGGUUAAGCUUAAUUAUUCACAAACAUAUACAUACCUACAUACAUACAUAUAACUAUAUUAUAAUGUUGGACCUAAAAAACACAGAGCGGACGAUAUUUUACUGUUAAAAGACGAUGUUAACAUACUUAUAUAUAUGUAACAAAUAUGUUUUUUUUUUUGUUCUUUGUAUAUUCAUAAGAAUUACAUAUGCGUUACAUUGUAAGUAUUGUGAAAUUAAUGUUUUCAAAUAAAGACAAAAUGACCAAUAUACAUAAA